AGGAUGGUCUAAUUUUGCAAUAGGAUGAUUGGUUCGAAAAUAGUGAAACCAGGCGGUAUAGAGCCAGAUGAUUUCGAAAAGUCGAUUGCUCAAGCACUUUCGGAACUUGAAGCAAAUAGCGACUUAAAACCUUAUUUGAGAGAUUUGCACAUAACUCGAGCCCUUGAAAUUGAAUUCGGUACUAAAAAGGCUGUUAUAAUUUAUGUACCAAUUCCACAACAAAAAACUUUUCAAAAGAUACAAAUUAUUUUGGUGCGUGAACUUGAAAAAAAGUUCUCUGGAAAGCAUGUUGUAGUGAUAGGAGAACGCAAGAUUUUGCCAAAACAACCCGCAAACGACCAUUGA